UCCCAGGAGAAAUAGAAAGCUUAUUUCUUUUUCUUCCCAGGAGAGGACUGCUAAGAAGGGGUCAAAGGGGGAUUACUUGAAAGAAACCUGAGGUCCUUGACAAGGCAAGGGCACAGAAAAGAAAGGGGAAGCAGCGGAGAAGGGGACGGAGAUACUAGUACUGUACAGUGAGGAAACUACAGUUUUUUAGGAGUCCUUUGCUUGGCCAUGGAUCCAGCGUGCUUUUCUGAGAGUAUUUAUAACCUCAUACCCAAUGACUUCAAGGAACCUCCCCAGCCUCCUAGGUAUGCAUCAAUUUUUAAAGCAACUAUAAAAAAUGACAUGAAAAAAUGUAAAACUUCAAUGAAAACCAUGGGACCAGCAAAAGUUGAAGUUCCUUCUCCAAAAGAUUUCCUAAGGAAACGUUCAAAGGAAAAAGUCCUACCACCCAAAAAAAAAUUUGACUGGCAUGAACCCAGAAAGCCUCCUGUGCCAUUGAGAACUGAUCAUCCAGUCAUGGGAAUACAGAGUGGAAAAAAUUUUAUAAAUACAAAUGCAGCCGAUGUCAUCAUGGGAGUGGCCAAAAAGCCUAAGCCAGUUUAUGUUGACAAAAGAACCGGAGACAAGCAUGAUCUUGAGACAUCAGGACUACUUCCAAAGUACAUCCAUAAAAAGGAUUACGGUGUCACCCCUGAAUACAUAUGUAAGCGGAAUGAGGAAGUGAAGAAAGCCCAAGAAGAGUAUGAUCACUUUAUCCAGGAAAACCUUAAGAAAGCAGCUAUGAAAAUGUUAUCGGAUGAAGAACGAGACGCAGUUCUACAGGGGCUGAAAAAGAAUUGGGAAGAAGUACACAAAGAGUUCCAGUCCCUCUCCGUCUUCAUAGACUCUCUGCCUAAGGAGAUUCGUAAGCAAAAGCUGGAAGAAGCAAUGAAACAGCUGGAACAUGACAUUGGGAUCAUCGAAAAGCACAAAAUUAUUUAUAUUGCCAAUAAGAAAUAGUGGGUUUUUAAAGGGUAGUAAUUUAAUGUAGGAAAACAUGGAAAAAUAUAUUAAAAUUAAAAAUUUCAAAGCUGACAAUUCUAUGAAAAGAAUAAAAAUAAUCCUCACAAAAAGCUUGGGCAAUAUUUAAAGGAUAAGUGAAUUAUUUACUUAUAUAAGAGAAUAUUUUGUUUUUAUUAGUAUUAUGCUUUCCACAUAUAAAACCAUUAAAGUUUGAGACUUUGUGUUUCAGCCUUAUAAUGUAAUUCAUUCUUACUAUGUACUUGUUUCACAUAAACAUUAAUAUCUGGACCCUGAAAAAUAGUCAUCACUCAGAACUUCAAUUUUUUUCUUCACUGCAUGGUACAAAGAACACAGCUUCAAAAAAUGCAAGGCAUUUUGAGUUGGAAAUGAGAGCAUAUGCUCUGUUGCUACUCUGAAGUGUUUCCUAAUUAUUUUUUUCCAGCUGCACAAAUUUUAAAAGAUAUAUAAUCUCUGGUAGCCUUAUGUUACUUGAAGUUAUUCCCAAUUAUAAAUAUUUUCAGUAUCCAUAACCUUCUGUAUGAUGGAGAGCUUAUGUUUGAAGGAAGGAAAAUUAAGACAAUUUACAAAAUCAAGGAGGUACCUACCUUAUAAAUGGCAGCAUUUAGGAUAAUUAAAUACAGUGACUUUUAAGACUUUGAUAUUCUGCUUUAUUUCAUAAUUUACUAUCCAUUUUUCACCAAAAUGGGUUCUUUCCCUUUUGGUCCUUUCCAUUUAUCUAUUUGGUGAACCCUAAAGUUUAUUUUUGAAAGAUUACAUAAUUUGUUAAGCAGUGUUUAUGGGUACAGAGCUGUCACUAACUCAAAAUAAAAAACAAACUAUACAUACCUAAAAAAAGAUUCUUUGAUGAAAUUUUAAUUAGAAGAAUUCAGUGAAAUAUAUGAAAUUAUAAAAUAUCAGAGAAAUAUAACAAUUUCUAUUCCAUAAACCAAUUUUUAUCCUCUAGAUAACACAGAAGAAAACGACAAUCUUUUUCAAACUUUUUUGCAAAUACAAAAUUUGAGAACAUCAUUGAAAAGCUUAGGUGAAUUAAAAAAAACUGUUUAUAUAGUUAUUUUUGAAAAUUCAUCUCCUUUACAUCUGCUCAUGAGAUGUAAAAUGCAUCUUUUUUAUUGCUGUUAACCUAGCAAAGAUAUAAAAUAAAGAAUAGUAUUGAUAAAUAUGAAGGAUGGUAUAUGAUAAAUUCUCAAUUAUGCAGAAGGAAAUUUAGGGUAGGCUAACAGCUGCAGCAAUAAACCAUUAUAUAACCAAACGAAAACUCAUUCUUAUUCACACAGCAUGUAUGGUAGUAUGCUGUAAACAAGUCAGCAGAACCAUUUUCCUCACAGUUUCUCAGAAAUCAGACUUGUGCAGUGAGUAGGUCCCAUCCUAUUUGGAGCUGGGUAGUACCAUGUACUGGCCAGAAAUACUGCCUGUCAUUCUCACUUGCAUUCUCUUGGUAAGUAGUUGUAGCUGCUUUAACAGACUCACUUCAAAUCCUAACUGCAUGACAAAAUAAAGGAAAAUUUCUCAUUUACAUCACUGUCUGCUGUGAAUGUGGGCAGGGUGCAUUCUGUUUCAUACAGUCACUGAAGGGCCCAUUCCCUUUCUGGCUAGUGGCUGUCCUAGUAGAGCUGGCCUCCACUGGCAGAGUUAAGGAUAAGGUGUGUAGGUUAGUAUUUCAUUUGUGAAAUGAUUACAAUAAAUACUCUUUUUGAACAUUUUGGAAUGAAGAUCAUUGUGAAAUAUUCUAAUUCUAAUAUCUUAUGGAUAUUAUGCUUUGGAGUCAUGAGUAGGAAUUGCCUUAAGUGUCGAAAUGACAACCUUGGGGGUCUUAAAAAAUGAUUUUUCUCUUGCUUUGUGUAAAUGUUCACUAAGUGUUAUGGCUCAUGUCUAGAUAGCCCUCCAAAGCCUCAUGCAGUCAUAGGUGGGACUUUUUCAGAGGUGGCUGGAUCCAGAGUGUGUGAUGCUGGGAUCAAGGGUGUGUGACCACUAAAUUAGUCCACUGAUUGGUUUGACAUAGUUCUGGGUGUGAGUACUACCCACCCAGAAGGCAGGUAGCCUAGACAGAAUAUAAAAGGUACAGGAAGAAGCUGCUGGUCACUUGCUUGCGUUGCUACCUUCUGCCCACCAUGAACUGUUUCUCCUCUACGAUGCCUGCCUUCCAUGCCACCUUGCCUUGGAGCCAUCCAACUAGGAACUGAAACCUCUACAAACUGUGAGCUAAAUAAACCUUCCCUCCUUUCACUGUGGAUGCCAGGUAUUUUAGUUCAGCAAUGAGAAAUGUACCUAAGAUACCAGGAAACCCAGACCUUCCUCCAUGACCCACAGUAUUGUACUUAAGAUGGACUUAAGCCUUUUCUCCAAAAUCCUUCCUUCUUCCCAGUAGGGCCUCCCCUACCAUGGGACCCUAGCUUGGUAUAACUUUAGUUCAAUCUCCCUCCAUUCUCUAACACACAUUUCUGGGUCAUCAGAUGAGUCAGGGGAGGGAUAGACACCUCUCUCAGGAGGUUGGCCAAUGAUUGAUCAGAUUCCCUGUUGAGAUCCUUAAUUAAGAGACACAGAGAAUGCAGUCUUUUGGGGGUUCAGAUACCUGAAUCUAAAGAGCCAUAUCUUAUUACUGGAACUAGUGUGGCUUGGUUUCUGUUCUUGUUCCAGAGAGCUCUGAGUAUAAGAAUAAAGAUUUGAUGUCACCUGG